CAGAGUGCAAAACUAUCCUAGUUGGAAGAAUGAAAGGAAAGUUAUUUUUUUGUGGGAUAACUUCUGGAUCAAGAUAAUGCAAGAUUUAAAAUGUUUAGAUUACCUUUUGUGUAAUUUUAUCCUUGUGUUUAUGAAAUAACUACUUUGUUAUUUUAAUGAUCAAUUGACGCAUCCGGUAAUCCAAACCUUUUAAAUCUUAAUAUUUGUACAGAACAUUCGUUCUAUCAUUAUAUUUUAACCAUAGAUUCAUAUAAAAUGUAAGGCGUGUAAAGGUUAGAGUCAGUUGCAUGCUUUGUUGAUCUCCCUAGAGGGUAAAACGUUGAGCAAAUACGUUGGGUAAACACCCACUGGCAUGCAACUGCCUAAGGGACCCAGCAAACAUGAAAACAUCAUAAUAAUUAACAUUUAUGUUGACACAAGCUUUUUGCCACUGUUGUCACUAGGGAAGUUGAGUUCAGUUUUCAAAAGACUGCCAGUUAGAAUAGUUAGUUAUUGUUAAUGAGUCAAUUGUGAGUUUUAGUGGCCGAGUGUUCCUGUACUUAAUUGAUCCAAACCAAGCAAUGAUUCACACAUUUAAUUAUUUAUAGCCAUUAAAUUUUAUGUUUGGUUUAUUGAAGUUAUAAAAUAUUACCAACAUGAAGACGAUAUCUAGAUCAACUGUUACAUAUCUAGAUGGGAUGACCUUCCAUGAGGACAAUCCACCAUGGAUUAAAACUCCUGUGAAAGGCUCAGUGGACGAAACUCCGAUAGCAAAUCUAAAACCUAACUUAAGAAAAAAUAUUUACUACGAGUCAUUGAAACUUAUUUUUCUUGUUUUGACUAUGACCGGCACUCUGCCAGUUUUCAGACUUAAAAUAGCCAGCCACAAGAUUCAAGUUUUGGUGUGCGGUGGUAUUUGUUUGUCUGUAUAUGUAUUAUUUGCAUAUCUGUCUUACUCAGUGACUGUACACAUUCUUAGACUCAUCUUGCACGACGAUGACUUCAGCUCAGUCACAAUCCAAGUGACAUUGAUGAUGCUGCUUACUCAACACGUAUUUUACUUCUUGCUGACUUGGCCAGAGUCUAUAGCUGUUAACAGGUACCUUGUGCGAUGGAGGGAGUUUGAGACUCAGUUUAAACUCGUGGUUGGUAGUGAGCUCAAGCUGAACUGCAGGAAUAAAAUAGCUUUGAUGCUCAUGGGGUCGACGUUUCUCGCUGCUAUCUACCCUCACUUUUUAGACCGAAUCGAUGACAAAAGCAUCAAAAGCAAGACGGAUUACCUCGUCAUCUCCUAUCAUAUUUUUAUUCAGUUGUGCUUUUACACUUUAUGGUUUUCUAACGGUUCAGCCAUAAUGCAAGCGUCUCGUCAAUAUUACCAACACCUCGCCAGGGAGUGUGCAGCAGACAUAACAGCUGAUCGACUUGAGGAUUAUCGACUUGUCUGGAUGCGACUUACCCAGCUGGUGCGGGACGGUAGCUCUAUGCUGUCGUACACAAUGGCGUUUAUGGUCACAACUCCGUUCGCAUACGAGGUGAUUGCCGCUUACAACCUGACCAUCUACGUUAUCCAGAGUAUUCAAAGCGGCGACCCUGGGGAUUCUGCUGAAGCGAUCGCUACAGGUCUAACGUUCCUCUUCUACGGUAGUCUCCUCUACAUGUUCUGCAACUCUGGACAUUGUAUGACGACUGAAUGUGAAAGGGUUCAAGAAAUUCUUUUUGUUCACAAUCCCAAGUCUCAUCUGACCCAGGGAAGAGUUAACAAUGAGUUGCGGUUGUUUCUACGCUGCGUCAGGUCUGUACCACCUCUCGCUACACUCAGUGGAUACGUCACCAUCAACAGGAAAGUGUUUCUUCAUCUGACCGGAGUGUUGGUUACAUACCUCAUCAUCUUGGUUCAGUUCAACAUCAGCUCAAUACACAACGGGAAGAAAAGUGUGACAGAACAGAUUUAAAAAUUAAUCAUUACCAUACCUAAGAUGGUUUUAUUAGUGUAGACUGUAAAGUUGUUAGGUUACAAUAUGAUGAGUAAAUAAAAAGAGUUUGCACACCACACAGGGACUGAAUUGUAGGACUAUAUUGGUGACACAAACUUAUUUAGCAGCAAUUUUUAUAAAUAUUAUAGUCGGCCCCCAUGUAAAGUAAAAUGGAACCUGUUAAUUGAGUAGGUACUAUAAUAGCUAUUUACCUUACAAGUGUAUUAAGAGCGUUUUUACAUCACACAGGUGAAUGUUGUGCAAUGAGCGGAAGGGAGUUGCAUAAUUCGCCGAAGUGAUGUAAACACGCUCUUGCAUAACGUGUAACGUACAAGAUUUUACCUGACCCGACAAAUACCGGGGGUUACAUAAAAUAUUUUUCAUUAUCCAUUUCACUCAUCUUCUAACAGUAAUGUUCUUUUACAAACAAAAGCUAGGUUAGGAAAAUACUUUAAAGCAUAACGAUAAAAUUCAAGCACACACAGCUGAUUUCUAGCGCUGAACGUCGCUGGCUCCAUAGAGGUAUAUUUUUUUAAGUUGAGCACUCAAUGUUAUUUAAAUGGGUUUCAUUACUUCACCGAGUGAGUUUUUGAAACUUUACUUCACCAAGUGAAGUAAAGAAAUUGUUUACAUCAUGCUUGGGAUAGGGAAGUUUAACAUGGCGGGUUAGGUAAAGAAAUGAAAUAACAUUUUAAUUUGUAAUAUACAUUUUUAAUUCUCGUAUUAUUGUUUGUCAUAACAACAUUUUUUUAAAGACCUAUUUGUGAUAUAGAGAAGAUCUUACAGUACCUACUUCAUAUAUUGUAGCAAAGUGAUAUACAAUGUGUUGUUUUGCUCUGAACCAUUUUCAUUAUUCAUACCAUCAUAUUCAGAUUUUUGUAUAAAAUUUCAACAUUUCUCCCAUUCAAAUAGUAACAUAUAGUAAGUAAUAAUGAAUGUUUGCUCACACUUACAAUAGAUUAAGUGACCUACAAAAAAAUACUGACUCUGUAAAGAGAUUAUUUUAAAGCUAUUGACACUUGGUACCAAUUACUAUCAAAUGAAACAUUCACUUUGUU